AUGACCCACGACGAGGUCACUCCCGUGGCCCAGACAGCCGAGUCCGCUGUGUCAGAAAAGCCCAAUGUCAAGAAGGACAAGACUGCACCUCCCGAAUCGAAGAAGGACGGCAACCCACCAUGCAUCAACGAGGAUGCCAUCGAGAAGGACGGGGGAGAGGAACCCCCCAAGGAGCUGAAGCGUAACCUGAAGAGCCGACACCUUCAGAUGAUCGCUAUCGGAGGGACAAUCGGAACAGGUCUUUUCAUCGGUAGCGGCACAGCCCUGGCCCAUGCAGGGCCUGCGGGUUCUCUAAUUGCGUUCGCCUUUGUCGGUUCAAUCGUCUACUCGGUCAUGAUUUCCAUGUGUGAAGUGGGAACCUAUAUUCCGAUUGCAGGCUCCUUUGCGUCCAUGUCCGCGAGACUGAUCGAUCCGAGCUUGGGAUUUGCCAUGGGGUGGAUAUACUGGUUCAAUUGGGCGUCAACCUACGCUGUCGAACUCACAGCAACCGGCUUGAUCAUCCAAUACUGGGACAGCGAUUUGUCGAUUGCAAUUUUCAUCGGUGUCUUCUGGGUUGUGAUCACGCUGCUCAACUUGCUCCCGGUUGGGUUCUAUGGAGAGAUGGAGUUCUGGCUGUCCAUGAUCAAAGUGCUCACAGUCUUGGGCUUCAUGAUAUUCGCCAUUUGCAUCGAUGCCGGCGCCGGAAAACAAGGAUACCUAGGUUUCGACACCUGGAAGCACCCAGGGGCAUUUGCGCCCUACCUGAUCACUUCGUCCGAGUCCACAGCCAAAUUUGUCGGCUUCUACUCCACGCUCCUCACCGCGGGCUUCAGCUACCAGGGAACAGAGCUGGUGGGAGUUGCCGCUGGAGAGACCGAGAACCCGGAGAAGACCGUCCCCUCCGCAGUCCGCAAGACCUUCAUCCGCAUUCUUGUCUUCUUUGUCUUGACGAUUUUCUUCAUCGGCUUGCUCGUUCCGUACGAUGAUCCCAGACUAGCCACGGAUGCGUCCGACGCAUCGGCUUCCCCGAUGGUUAUUGCGGCGAACCUGGCCGGUGUAAAGGUUCUGCCAUCGUUGAUCAACGCAGUCCUCCUGACGGUCGUCAUCUCGGCCGCCAACUCCAAUGUGUACAGCGGAAGCAGAGUGCUACUGGGCCUGGCUGAACAGGGCUUUGCCCCUCGCUUCUUCGGCUGGGUGUCUAAGCACGGCGUGCCCUAUGUCAGUGUCAUCUUCACUGCGUUGUUUGGACUCCUCGGUUUCAUGAAUGUGUCAAAUUCCAGCGGACAGGUAUUCAACUGGCUCGUCAACAUCUCCGGAGUGGCCGGCUUCAUCUGCUGGGCAUCGAUCAAUGCCAGCCACCUUGCGUUCAUGCGAGCGCUGAAGGCCCGCGACAAAUCCCGAGACACACUGCCAUACAAAGCUAUUGGUCAACCCUAUAUCGCAUACUAUGGCCUGUUCUUCAACAUCUUGAUUAUCUUCACGCAGGGCUUCACUGCCUUCAUCCCUACCUUCAACGUGUCCGACUUCUUCGUUGCGUACAUCUGCCCCAUUGUCUUUGUCGUCCUUUAUAUCGGACACAAAGUCUUCUACCGCACGUCAUUUGUCCACCCGCUGGAGGCCGACCUAGACACUGGACGUCUGCAGAACUACUCCUGGGAAACAUCUACGCCAAAGACGUGGUCGGAAAGAAUCCGCGAGCAGAUCUGA